AUGUUGGCUUCGCGCUUGUCGAGAGCUCUUCCCCGAGCCUCCCCUCUCGCCGCUCGAUCGGCUGCUUUCGCCCGUGCCCCUCUCCCAUCUAAGUUCGCUCGAUAUGAGUCGACUUCCAGCGAUGGCAAGGUCACCGGUGCCGUGAUCGGUAUCGAUCUGGGUACCACCAACUCCGCCGUUGCCAUUAUGGAGGGCAAGGUUCCUCGCAUCAUCGAGAACUCUGAGGGUGCCCGAACCACUCCCUCCGUCGUCGCUUUCGCCGAGGAUGGCGAGCGCCUCGUCGGUGUCGCUGCCAAGCGCCAGGCCGUCGUCAACCCAGAGAACACCCUUUUCGCCACCAAGCGAUUAAUAGGCCGAAAGUUCAGCGAUGCUGAGGUGCAGCGUGACAUCAAGGAGGUCCCCUACAAGAUCGUCCAGCACACCAACGGCGAUGCCUGGGUCUCUGCCCGUGGCCAGAACUACUCCCCCUCUCAGAUCGGUGGCUUCGUCCUCAACAAGAUGAGGGAGACCGCCGAGGCCUACCUCUCCAAGCCCAUCAAGAACGCCGUCGUCACUGUCCCCGCCUACUUCAACGACUCUCAGCGACAGAGCACCAAGGAUGCUGGUCAGAUUUCUGGCCUCAACGUUCUCCGUGUCGUCAACGAGCCCACUGCCGCUGCCCUGGCCUACGGUCUUGAGAAGGAGGCUGAUCGAGUUGUUGCUGUCUACGAUCUUGGUGGUGGUACCUUCGAUAUCUCCAUUCUGGAGAUCCAGAACGGUGUUUUCGAGGUCAAGUCUACCAACGGUGACACCCACCUUGGUGGCGAGGAUUUCGAUAUCCACCUGGUCCGCCACAUGGUUGCCGACUUCAAGAAGUCUAACUCCAUUGAUCUGUCCGGUGACCGCAUGGCUAUCCAGCGUAUCCGUGAGGCUGCUGAGAAGGCCAAGAUUGAGCUGUCUUCUUCUCUCCAGACUGACAUCAACCUGCCCUUCAUUACCGCCGAUGCUUCUGGCCCCAAGCACAUCAACAUGAAGCUCACCCGAGCUCAGCUUGAGAAGAUGGUCGACCCUCUCAUCUCCCGCACUAUUGAGCCCGUCCGCAAGGCCCUCAAGGAUGCCGGCCUCCAGGCCAAGGAAAUCCAGGAGGUCAUCCUCGUCGGUGGUAUGACCCGCAUGCCCAAAGUUGCUGAGUCCGUCAAGGGCAUCUUCGGCCGUGACCCCGCCAAGUCUGUCAACCCCGACGAGGCUGUCGCCAUGGGUGCCGCUAUCCAGGGUGCCGUCCUCUCCGGCGAGGUCAAGGACCUUCUCCUCCUUGAUGUUACCCCUCUUUCUCUUGGUAUCGAGACUCUGGGUGGUGUCUUCACUCGCCUCAUCAACCGCAACACCACCAUCCCCACCAAGAAGUCCCAGGUCUUCUCUACUGCGGCUGACUUCCAGACCGCCGUUGAGAUCAAGGUCUACCAGGGUGAGCGUGAGCUCGUCAAGGACAACAAGCUCCUCGGAAACUUCCAGCUGGUUGGCAUUCCUCCUGCCCACCGUGGUGUUCCCCAGGUCGAGGUCACCUUCGACAUUGAUGCCGACUCCAUCGUCCACGUCCACGCCAAGGACAAGUCCACCGACAAGGACCAGUCCAUCACCAUUGCUUCCGGCUCUGGUCUGUCCGACAACGAGAUUCAGCAGAUGGUUGAGGACUCUGAGAAGUAUGCCGAGACCGACAAGGAGCGCAAGGCUGCUAUCGAGGCUGCCAACCGUGCCGACAGCGUCCUGAACGAUACCGAGCGUGCCCUCAACGAGUACGCUGACAAGCUCGACAAGACCGAGGCUGACAGCAUCAAGGAGAAGAUCUCUACUCUCCGUGAGUUUGUCGCCAAGAACCUGUCUGGCGAGGGCUCUGCCACCGCUGCCGAGAUCAAGGAGAAGACCGACGAUCUCCAGGUUGCCAGCUUGAACCUCUUCGACAAGAUGCACAAGGCCCGUGCCUCCAGCGGCGAGCAGACCUCCAGCGAGCAGCCCCAGGAGGAGAAGAAGGACGAGACCAAGCCUUAA